AUGCCGCCAAAGAAACGAGAGAACGAUGCGGAUACCUCCAGCGCUCCCGCAACAGCUCCUGUCAAACGUCAGAGAGUCUCAUUGGCAUGUGAUUCAUGUCGCACCGCAAGAGAGAAAUGUGAUGGUGCUCGUCCUCAUUGUGGAACUUGUACUGCACAAAACAGGCCAUGUUCUUAUACCCCUGCGUCACGGAAGAGAGGUGUUCAGACAGGAUACCUUCGGACAAUUGAGUUGUCACUUGCGUGGUUAUUUGAACAAGUUCCUGGCUGUGAGGGAGCUCUUCAUCAACUUCUUACACAGGAUGAUGGCGCAGAAGGGACUCGUAUCCUUGCGACGAAAGAUAAAGCCAAUCAUCGAUUAUAUCGACGAUGGAACAAGAGUCGAGUUCACAAGGAUAUUGGAAGAUUGUUGUCGGAUGAGAAGACACCACAGAAUGAGACGUCUGCCGAUGAUUCAGAGUCGGAAGAUAACACCCCGCCUGGUCUCAACCUGUUCGAUGGUAGACCAUCACCAGGAGUACCGAUUCAAGUCGCACCGACACUCCCGCCACAGCCCUUUGACAGAUCGCAACCUACCAAGCUGAUACUACCUACCAAUUGGAAACGACUGGUCGAUAUUUAUGUUUCUUACACACACUGCUGGCUACCAAUUGUUGAGCCCGCGGUUAUCACCCGGACAGCACUCACGUAUCCUCCGGACGGCAUCACCAUCGAAUCAGGUUCUGCCUCCGCGCUGCACGCUCAGCUUUGGGCUGUUUUCGCAGUGUCCGCAUAUCAGGAUGCGUCACACGAGAGAUCCCCCGACGACAUCCUGGCGACCGCUCGACGACUUGUACCCUCCGACGACGAAUCAAUUGAACUUGCGCAUGUCAGCUCCAUGCUUCUACAGUCACUAAUCCUGCUGGGCCAAAAGAGGACGAUGCCAGCAUGGAUAUUAAUAGGCCGCGCAUCGCGCCUCGCUCUAUACCACCAAACCACAUCAUCUCAUAUGUACCCAGUCAAACCGGGUGUCGAGGCUUCUUCACAUUACAACGAAGUCAAGAUUCUAUCAGCGAGCUUCAUUCUCGACUCUCUGGCGUCGCUUUGCCUCGGCCAACCUCAGGCGACUUCCGGCAUCCGGUAUACCCUCCCCUCUGUGACAGGAGAGCGGGAUUUAAACCAGCCAUGGACUUCUAUCUCGGGUUUUGGAAAGGCAUCUGAAGAUUCACAAUUGCCGGACUCUGCAUCACCACUUCCAACGUUUCAGCAAUUAUCCGCUUUCUGUAGACUUUGGGUUGCCAGCGCGGAGCAAAGGUUACAUGGCAACGCCCAGAUCACCCCUGACGACCUCGUCAAAAGCCUCGACUCUCGUUUUUCCUUUUGCAAUUCGUUGAUCUUUGGUGGAUCCACGCCAAGAGUGCCUUCGGCAUAUCUACUCCAAGGAAUGUUCCUGGCGAUAACCCUUGACUUGGUGCCUGGCCAUCGACCAUCUCUAUUGUCCAACUUUAUAGAGGUCGUCGAAUCGUGCGUGGAAAACUUUGGUCCUGGCGGAACACCACCAAUCGUGACCAUUUUGAUGGAAAUAGUUCAACACCACGGACAUGCGUCGCGAAUGCAAGAACAAGACCUAACAAAGUGGAACACGACGAUACAAACGCUGACAAACACGUGGAACCCGAAAGGUGGAAUGGACGCAUCUAAAAACAACCAAAACACACCCAGUUCAGUGGAUCUUGCCAAUCGUCCAGGCGUUAGCCCAUUAUUUAUGGAUGAUCCAUCAACCGCCUCUCAUCCAGGACAUCAUCCAGUCCCCAUCACAUCCGGGGAGCUGGAACAUGAGUUGGGUCGUAUGCAGCAGAGGCAAAAAGAACAACAAGCAUUGUCAUUUGACAGACAACGAUAUCCCGAUCGCAGUCCAGCUUCGCAACCAUUAUACACACUCACACCGAAUCUCACAUUCCACACUCUACAAACUUCACAUGUCAACGGACAAAUAGGGUCGCUACCACCCGAGUCAAACAUGGCGAGCCAAUUACUGGAUUACGAUGCUAUUCUGGAUGAACUUGGAUCUAUAGACUGCGCAGAUGGUAUCGAUGUUGAUUCGCAGUUCAUGACGAAUUUAGGUUUCGCGCCUGGAUGCGAUCUGGGGGAGAUGUUUCAAGGGGACUUUGGAAGAUGA